AUGGAGACGAUUAUUGAGAGCCUGACGCUGGGCGGCCGCAAGUCGCAGUCACCAAAAUCGAUUGCGCUCGGCGGCGCGGCCAACGCCGCAGCCACCCCCAUCAACAUCCCCUCCGCGGGAGGCGCGGCGGCGGCGUUGGCGGCGAACGCCAAAAUGAACCACGCGCAGUCCUUCCUGGACUGUGAGUCCGUGCUGAUGCAGGCAGCGGUCAAGAGCCCCAAGCCGAGCACGCCGCUGGCGCUGCAGCACAACGUGUCGCGGCCGGCGCAGCAGGGGCUGCUGGGCGGGGAGCUGCUCGCGGUGCAGGAGGACGAGGACGAGAUGGCGCAGGUCGUCAUUGUGUGUGAGCCCGAGGGGUCUUCCCUGAUGAUGGGCGGCCUGCACCCCCGCGGCUCCCUUUUUGAGCGCCCGGUCAACAUCGAGAGCGCCAAGGCCCACCACGCAAACUUCAGACAGGCGAGCGCAGGAGAUAAUUAUGUGCCGAGGCACAGGCCCUGGCCCCUGGUGCUGCGCGAGCACGGCGUGCGCGUGCUGACAGUGCGCGAGAUCCUGGCUCACGGCGUGGAGGAGCACAUGGGGGCGCGCGUGGCGCUGGAGAACCUGGCCAUGUCGACACUCCAGUACAAGGCACGGCUGGCUGUCCGAGGCGGCGGCGGCCCCCUUGGCUGUUUGCCGGUUGAGCCGCUGGCAGCCGAGGAAAUGCGGCUGCCACCGCCCCACGCGGUCGCCGAGGGCUUCACCGCUGAGGACAUUGCCGAGAAGGACCGCUUCUACUUGACAGACGACUACAAGAGGGAGGUCGUCGAGCACAUGAGCAUUGCCCAGCUGAUUGACAUAAUCCUCAUCAACCCCACGGUCGCGCUGACGCCCUCGGGGCGCGACACGGGCUUCAUGGCAUCCUACACGUUUGCGCCCCUCUCAAACCUGGUCUACACAAGGGACCAGCAGGUGUCGCUGCGGCGCGGCGCCGCGUCUCCUACCCCCGCUACCCCUGCGAUCACCACCUGCAAGGGCAUCGUCAUGGGCUGCCUGCGCAGCGCACAGCGCCAGCGGGAGGUGCAGCUCAUGCGCUUCUGCUUCAACAAGCUCGGCAUGCCCAUCGUGGGUGAGAUCGAGGCUCCUGGGUUCCUGGAGGGCGGCGACUUCUUCCCAAUGGGCCAGGACCUGGCGAUGGUCGGCAUCGGCCUGCGCAGCAACAUGGAGGCGUGCCAGCAGCUGAUGGACCGGGACCUGCUGGGCACCCGGCGCUUUGCUGUCGUGAGGGACGACUUUGACAAGAACCAGGAUCGGAUGCACCUGGACUGCGUGUUCAGCACCCUGGGCAGCAACUGCUGCAUCAUGCUGGAGCGUGCCAGCCGCACCCCACCACCCCUCGUGUCAUAG